GUGAGAACUGGGGGAACCUCGGACUGAGAAGCACAAGCAAGUCCCUGGCUAAGAGCACAUGGGGGGGCAUUACUGACUCACCCGGGACUCACACCUCCAAGGUCUCGCUGGUUAUCUCUUCUCAAAAUCGCGUCUCUGUUUAUUACCAUCGACUAUUUAACAUCCUAAUGGCUAAUUCAACUGAGAGAGAAGAUCAUGAAAUGGAUAUCAACUCCCCAGAACAAGCUGCAGAGAUGCAGGAUGUGGCUGUUUCCCCAACUAUGGUGAAUCGGCUUGACACAACUCCCUGCCAGGUGGACAAACAUCUGGAUUUUGUUGUUGUUAACAAAAAUGGGCACCUUCUCAUGGGAAGUAGUAAUCUGAAUGGUCGGUACUGGGGAGGAUCCCUUUGGUAUUACGAUGAUGCUGCACUUGCCCCGAACGUGGAAAAAUGUCUUGUUGGAUAUGAAGUUGGCUCGGGUGUUGCUGAUGGAGUAUUUCUUGAUGACGAAAAAACAAUUCUAAUCGGACAAGACUGUGGCUCUGUAGAAUUCUUGAAAAUAUCAACCGAGGAGAACGAAACUAUGAUGUUAAGCGUUUGUCGUGUGGAGGAGCACCUCGAUGCCAUUACCUGCGUGAAGGUCACAUGCAAUAGAAAAACUGCUCUGACUGGAUCUGCAGAUAUGAGCGUAAGAACAUGGGAUUGCGAAACAUCAGUUGUUAGCCGCCUUCUGUCACCAGCACACUCCCAGCAGGUGACUGGGGUUUCUCCUCAUCCAUCAAAUGACCAACUAUUUCUCUCUUCUGGAAUGGAUGGGAAUGUUCUCCUUUGGGAUUUAAGAUGCCAGAAGCCUGCCUCUUGUGUAUAUCGUGAUUGGGAUGACAAGCCAGAAUGUAUAACAUGGAUAAGCAAUGGAAAUCCUGGCAGCUCUGGGGAAGAUCAUUUCUUGAUAGGCCUACAGAGUGGAAAUGUUGCCCUGCGGUGUACAACAAAUUUGAACCACAGCAUUAAUACAUUUCAAGCUUUUAAUAGACCACUCUACAGACUAAUGGCAAAUCCAACCAGACCAUCCCAAGUGGCUGUGUGUGCAAAUGACAGUAAAGUUGUGGUUAUUGAUAUUGAAAAUGAAGAAAUAAAACAUAGGUACGAGGAUGACCGCCACAGCGACUUUGUCCGAGGACUAACCUGGACAGAUUCCACGUCUCUCGUUACAUGCGGAUGGGAUAAAUCAGUCUACAUUCAUCAGUUAUAAAACCAUCUUUCACCUGCAUUAUGUUAAGAGAAGUAUAAUUUAUGUUUACUACUUUCCCAUGAAGGAAGGCUUCAUACUGGUAUGUACUGUAUCUCUCUUAAGGUGUACUGUAAUAACCACCUAAAAAAUUUUGGGAUGGAUGUUUGACACUCACAAUAUGGAAAGUGAAGUGAUACUCAGGAUCAUAUGUAUCUGCGUUUAUGAAGAUACAAUUUCACACAAUGAAGUGUAAUACAAAAAGAUACCCGGUGUGUACUGGUAUGAAACAUUUAAUACACUAAUGAAUCGCUUGAAACAAUAGAUUGGCCUGCAACCAAUUUCAGAUUUGAAAUUAGUUUGUUGAACAAUGGAAGAUAUAAAUGGUUAUAGUACUGCUGUGUUAUGCACUAUACAGUAUUGUACUUUAUUCUUUCAUACCAAGCUAAAUUGUUUUUGUACUAUUAAAGAGGAAUUUCUCAUAAUCAUGCAUACAUUUAUUAAAAAAGUCACUUGAUUA